AUGCUUCAUAGCUUCAAUCGGUGCUGCCUCUCCACUGCUACACGAUCGAUCGGUGCUGCUCUCCACUGCUACACGAUUGGUGUUGUUCUCCACUGCUACACUCCAAGGCUUCGAGUUUUUCGCUACUUCUACACCAUCGUUGCUGCUGGACUGGGACUGUGGAGGUUAGUCUCUNUUUAA